AUGAGGAUCCACUUCCGGGUCGAGGAUCAGCUGUCCUCUUCUCCUCUGGCUCUUGCUGAUGUGUUGCGGCGGUUGGUAGCUCUCCAUCUGCAGUGGGCACACACGAGUACUCCACAGUCGAGGGUGAAACAGGCUUUGGGUCUGGCUGUGUUCUGGAUCAGGAUCCUUAGGGUCUCGUCGUCCAGAGAGCUGGUGGCUCAAGACACAAAGUCCUUCACCAAAGAAAAAAGAUUCCUAGACUGCGCCUCUAACAGCCUGAACGUGAGCUGGGAUCUUGGUCUCCAGGCUCUAAACUACACCGUCCUCGCCAGGACUACAGGUGGCGCUGUGCUCAGCUGUACCACAACGACCUCCAGUUGUAUCGUCACUGGCCUGCAGUGCGGUCAGAACUACACCGCGGUCAUCACAGCAAACAAUGGAGAGUGUCAAGGGCCAGAGAGCGUAACCCGUCCCAUCCAAACAGUGCCGUGCAUUCCCACAUCGGUCCGCGCCAACGUGGAGUGUGCGAGUAACACGGUGAAGGCAUCAUGGGGUCCAGCAGCGGGAGCUUUAUCCUACAUCAGUGUUCUGACCGGCCCGGGCUAUUACAGAGAAUCCUGCAUGACCUCUGACCUCUCCUGCUCCUUCAGGGGCCUGACCUGUGCGCAGACUUACACCCUAAACGUCAUCUCUCAAGACAGCCAAUGCAACAGCUUAGUCAGUCCCAACGUCUCUGUGACAACAGCUCCCUGUGACCCUGAGAGCGUGACUGCAGUGCUCAACUGUGACGCGCGUACGGUGAAUGUGUCUUGGCAUGCUGGCGCUGGUGCCACCAGGUACACCGUUCUGGCACAAACACAGAAUCAGAGCGUUCCUUCCACUUCCUGUCGUUCAUCGGCCACUUCCUGUGAGCUCACGCAGCUCCAGUGUGGGGAGGUUUUCAAUGUCACAGUGUUUUCUGAUAAUGGAGCCUGCAACAGCUCAGCACGGGCCAGCACUACACUGGAGACGGCACCAUGUCCUCCGACAAUGAGGUCUCCUCCUUCACUGAAUUGCAGAACUAAUAUGGCCCUGGUGUCUUGGGCGGAGGACCCAGAUGCUGUGAGGGUCCGUGUCAAUGCCACCUCUGUCCUGGGACACACUGCCACCUGCACCUCUUCUGGAAACAACUGUUCCCUGGCUGCCUUACUGUGUGGCCAGACGUACAGUGUGUAUGGGACGGCCCAGGGCUCUCAGUGUGAGAGCACACCUAGUGCUCCCUUGAGUAUUAUCACAGCGCCCUGCAGCCCUGCUGAAGUGAGCGCCAACUACAGCUGCGGCACCAGCACGGCUCUGCUGAGCUGGGCCGAGAGUCUGGGCCGAGAGAGCUUCUAUGUGCGUGUGGAGAGCAGCGCUCACUCAGACUCCUGCAGCACAGCCCAAACCCACUGCUCCAUCAACUCGCUGAGAUGCGGGAAUCUUUAUAAUGUCUCGGUGGAUUCAGUGUCUGGACGCUGCAACAGCAGCAACGCGGCUCACACACAACUGCAGACAGCCCCCUGUGCCCCACAGAAUGUGACCGUAAGACUACAGUGUUCGAACAACACUGCCUUUGUGUCCUGGGAGGGCAGUCCUGGAGCCGUGGCCUAUAACGUCACUGCUGUUGGGCGCGAUGGUGAUGUCAGGAACAGUGUCGUCACUGGCACCAGCUGUCAACUACCCAACAUGCACUGCUCUCAGACCUAUGACAUUGUAAUCAUACCGUUCUCUGAAACGUGUGCUGGGUUCCCAACCACUCCCUACACUUUCAGUGCAGGUUCUUGUCCUCCCAGUAGCGUUGAAGUUUCUCUACAAUGCCGAGGUAAUGUGGGACUUGUCAACUGGACUGCCGCCAAGAGUGCUGAAAUGUACAUUGCCACGGCAAAGGGUUUAAAUGGCCACACCCACACUUGCUCCUCCAAUGGCACCAGCUGCGCUUUCAGUGACCUUCACUGCGGGGAGAACUACACCGUUACUGUGUCUACGGUGGAACGGGGCUGCCAGAGUCAACCCAGCACACCUGUCAACCUGAGAUCAGCUAUCUGCCCACCUUCCAAUCUGUCCGGUCUUACCAACUGCGCUACUAAUGACAUCAGCAUCACAUGGGACCCCAGCACAGAAUCUGGAUCCACUUACUUCCUGUUCAUCCUUCAGGUGAAUGGGCUGAACUCCACCACCAGCACAGUGCAAACGUCCCACGCUCUGACAGGGUUGCGCUGUGGAAUGAGCUUCAUUGCACAAGUGGCUGCUCAGGACAGCACCUGCACCAGUCCGUACGGAAGCCCAACACAGCUCUACACAGCUCCCUGUCCACCCAGUAGCCUGGCAGCUUCUGCCAGCUGUGGCACAAACAUGGGCACCGUCAGCUGGCAGACUGGAGCAGGGGCGCAAUCCUAUACUGCCAAUUUAGAGGGAAACAACGGACAAAGGGUUUCCUGUACGUCCAACACCACUUCCUGUUCUGUGAAGCUCGAGUGUGGGCGUAGAUAUACGGCCACUGUGGUUUCCACGGUUGGCUUCUGCAACAGCCCCGCUAACAACAGCAUCCAGUUUGACUCGGCACUGUGCCUGCCAGGGAACGUGACGGCUCGGUUAGAUUGUAACGCUAACACGGCAGCUGUACAUUGGGACCCCAGUGCAAACAGCCCUGACUCCUAUACAGCCCUGGCCAUUGGUACGGAUGGCACUCGGGUUUCCUGUAACACAAGCUCAACUUCCUGUACCAUUCAGAACCUGAGAUGUGGCCGCACCUAUAGCAUCGCGGUGACAACAUCCCAAAUUAACUGUGGAAUCAUUGAGGGUUCAGACUACCACAUCGAGACAGCCCCCUGCCAACCACAGAGACCAUUUGUUCUAAUGCAGUGCAGCACUAACAUUGCUACGGUAACAUGGGACAACAAUGGGGCGGAUCAGAUUGACGUGGUGACGGCGCUCAACUUUAGCGGCGAUGCGGCGGUGUGCAACAGCACAAAGAGAUCCUGCACAUUCACACAGCUGCACUGCGGAGAGUCGUACACACUCAGUGUGGUUGGGUUUCAUGGAAACUGCACCAGUGGACCCAGCGAGAACUUCGGCCUUGACACAGCUCCCUGUGUUCCAACUCACGUUGUGGCGACCACAGACUGCGAGACGUCCAUCACUGCUGUAACCUGGGAUUCGGCACGGGGUGCCAGCUAUUACACUGUUCAUGCCGUGAGCGCCUGGGCGAACAAUCGCACAUGUACCAACACAGAUACAACCUGCUCUUUCUCAGACCUGGACUGUGGACAAAACUACACCAUAACCGUCACAGCUGAGGAUGGCAACUGUGUUAGCCUGGCCAGUGCACCCAUCACUGUCACAACAGUCCCAUGUCCACACACCAAUCUGCAGUCAUCUCUGGACUGCAGCACCGACACUGCUCUGAUCUCAUGGACGCCGGGUAGAGGCACUCUGAUGUAUAACGUUUCCGCCAACGGCUUUGACGUAGAUCACGAAGUCAGCUGCCAUACAUCUGGCUCCGCCUGCAAUAUCACCAACCUGUACUGUGGCAGCCGCUACCAAGUUAGUGUGAGCGGAGAAGGGCUCACCUGCCACAGCCAGUCAUAUUACUGGAUUGCUCUCAAUUCAGCACCAUGUCCACCCACUAACGUGUCCAUCCAGUCAUCCUGUGACUCGAACACCGUGUCCGUUUCUUGGGAAGCCUCUCAAGGCACUGUGUCCUACACGGCUGUUGCCGAGGGCAGCGGAGGUCAUAGGGUGACCUGCGACACCACCCAACAGACCUGCAAUAUUAUCGGCCUGCAGUGUGGACAGACUUACCAAAUUUAUGUUGCUGGAGUGGAUGGUGGCUGUAUUGGAUCUAGGAGUGAAGUUCACAUUCUUGAAACAGCCCCUUGUGUGCCUCAGAAUGUGCUGACAAUCAUUGAGUGUCCAUCUACUGUUCUCAACAUUACCUGGCAACAGAGAGGUCAAGCCCAUCACUACCACGCCACAGUGAGAAGCAGUGAUGGACAAGUGCUGGGGUGUGACUCUAACGUAACCUUCUGCCAAGUACCUCACGUUCUCUGUGGCCUGACCUACGACGUGACAGUGGCGGCCUAUAGUCAAACCUGCAACAGUUCUCAAAGCUCUGUGCAGCAUGUCACCUCAGCUCCCUGCCCACCAGAUGAUUUAUUAGCAGUCUUGGACUGUACAUCAAACACCGUCUCUCUGUCCUGGGACUCUAGUGUAGAUGGUGUCGUCUACAUUGCAAAGGCCUUUUAUUCCAAUGACGACCACAAUUACUACACGUGUAACACUACAAAGACCAGCUGCGACAUCCCUUUGACCUGUGGGAGAGAUUAUAAUCUGACUGUAGUGCCAGUAAGGAAUGGCUGCACUGGGGAAAAUGCUCCAGUCCAGUAUUUAAUGGCAGCUCCUUGCGCUCCCCUCAUGUUGGGCGUCGAGAUGGACUGCCUGUCUGAUUCGGCUUGGCUGACAUGGGACGAGUCAGCAGGGGCGGAGCUCUACAUCGCCACGGCGACUGACAGUGAUGGACAGGUGUACCAGUGUAACUCAACUGAAAAUCAAUGUACAGUUGAACAGCUUCAAUGUGGAAGAUUCUACAACUUCAGUAUCACUGCAUUUAACAGUCAGUGCGACAGCCACCUGAGCAACACGAUGGAAUCUGAAACAGCGCCCUGUCCACCUCAGAAUGUGGUCACGUCAGUGGGGUGUGACUCUGGCAUGGUGAGUGUGUUGUGGGAUGAGAGUGUUGGCGCGUUGAGCUACACUGCGACUUUGGAUCGUACAGAUGGAGAGACCACCUGCUGCACGGCAAACUCCACUUCCUGUGAGGUCACUUCCCUUCCCUGCGGCCAGAUGUACGUCCUGACGGUCACUGCUGAGGGACGGACAUGCAAUAGCUCUCAGAGCAUUGAGGUCAUCGUACGGUCAGUUCCCUGUAUCCCGGAGAAUCUGGUGUCCAGUACAAGCUGCAGUGAUAACGUGGCCACCAUGUCAUGGAUGAGCAAAGAAGUCGGUGAGCUCUACGUGGUCAGUGCCAUUAGCAAUGACGGGCUUCACCUCGACAGCUGCGCAGGGUUCGGUCAGUCAUGUGAUCUUACAAUGCUGAAGUGUGGUGUGCCAUACACUGCCACAGUAAUAGCACAAGACAGCAUCUGCAGCAGUCCACCCAGUCAAUCUGCUCCAAUCAGGACAGUGCCCUGUGUGCCGGAUAAUGUGACCGCUGAUGUGACCUGCCAAGAGAAUGGCCUGUCCGUGUUCUGGCAGGAGAGCGCAGGAGCCGGAUCUUACACGGCUGUGCUCGAGGACAGUUACGGUCGUUUCACCAACUGUCAGAGCACGAACGACACCACCUGUACAGUUGACAGACUCGCCUGCGGACAGACCUACCAUGUCAGUGUGAUAGCAUCAGACGGAUACUGUGACAGCUCGCCCAGUGCCGUCAUUGACGUAGAUUCAGCUCCUUGCAUGCCUCGUGAGAUUCGGGCACUAAUAGACUGUCAAUCUGGUACGGCUACACUGUCCUGGCAGCCAGGCACUGGGGCAAUGCAGUACAUGAGCACAGCAGUGGGUGAAUCUGGUCAUGAACUCACCUGUGAAAGCAACAACACCAACUGUGAGCUGACAGGACUGGCCUGUGGAGAGAGCUACAACGUCACUGUGUUAGCAGAAGGACAGACCUGCAGCAGUGUUGCAACCAUGAGGGGACAACUGAAGACGGGUCCCUGUGUACCUCAGCAUGUUGAAGUGCAGUACGGCCUGUCUAUCGCCCAGCUGUCCUGGGACAGGAGCAGAGGUGCUACCAGAUACACCACACAGGCUGUCACUGAUCUGGGAUCAGUGUUGUCCUGCUCCACCAGUGACACCUCCUGUGCCCUCUACAAUGUGUCCUGCAGUCAGACAUAUGACAUCAGCGUGACAGCACACAACACCGUCUGCCAGGGAGCUGCUGUAUCUGCAUCAACUACUCUACUCACAGAACCCUGCCCACCCCAGAACGUGCGAACGCAUCUGAAUUGCUCAAGUGAUGUAGGGACCGUGUCUUGGGAAGAGAGUUUGGGGGCGCUGGCAUACGUGGCUUUCCUGGAGGGUCGUAAUGGUCAAAGCCUGUCCUGCUACACGACCAGCUCCAGCUGCAGUGUGACCGGGCUGAUCUGUGGCACUGUUUACGACACCCAUGUACAAGCCAUUGGAGGAACUUACAACAGCACCGACAGCGAGACAGUUCUUCUCACAUCAGCCCCCUGUCCACCAGUGUCCAGCUCAGUCGCUGUCGCCGUGAUCUGUGAUGAUGCAACAGCGUUGUUCAACUGGGCCUGGAGUGGCGGAGCUGCGUCCUAUGAGCUCACUGCCAUCAGUAACAACGGCUACAUCGCCACCUGCAUCUCUCAAGAGAAUUACUGUAACAUCAGCAAUCUAGCCUGCGGACAGACCUACAAGGUCAGGCUCACAGCAAACAAUGAUAGAUGUCAGGUUACAGAGGAGACUGGAGUGACCUUCCAAACACGCCCUUGUGCUCCUUUGCGUGUGAACGUGGACUUUCAGUGCCAAUCUAGAGCAGCUGUACUGACCUGGGAGCAAAGGGACGAUGUGCUAUACUACCUUGCUAGCGUCACCCUCAGCACAGGAGAAGUGGCCACAGUUUGUAACUCUACAACUGACAGCUGUGAAAUGAGGGGGUUGAGGUGUGGAGAGGAGUACGCCUUCACCGUCUCGGCCUACAGUGAAGAUUGCCACAGUGACGUCAGCAGCACUGUACACAUUCAAACAGAACCUUGUCAGCCAACCCAACUGACAGUCGCAGGAUCAUGUGAUAACAACACAGUUCACUUGAACUGGAAUCACAGCAGAGGUGCAUUGAGUUACACAGUGCUUAUCGCAAGCAACCUAGGAUAUGCCAACUCAGUCCAGACAUCAGAAUCGAUGCUAACAGCGGAGCUCCUCUGCGGACAGACCUACACCUUCACAGCAGUGGGGGAAAAUGAUGCCUGUGACAGCAUCCCAAGCACUCCUGCCCAUCUUACGACUGCCCCGUGUGUGCCAUACAACAUUGAGACCUUUGCAGAGUGUGAGACUAGCCUGGGUGCUGUCAGCUGGGCUGGCAGUGAUGGCGCAGAAACUUACACCGCCAUUGCCGAAGGACAGGAUGGCCACACGCACAUUUGCAUAACAAACACAACCUUCUGUAUUUGGGAGGAGCUGCAUUGUGGGGAAAUUUACGUUGCCCGGGUCAUUGCCAACGCACAAAUCUGCAGCAGUAAUCCCAGUAAAAGCACAAUCAUCAACAUGGCUCCAUGCAUCCCCCAGAAACUGGUGUCCUCCUUUGACUGUGAGGUGAGAGUGGGUUCCCUCACCUGGGAAGCAAGUGAAAAUGCUUCGAUGUACCUGGCGUCUGCCGAAUCUAGCAGCGGUCACCGGGUCGAACUCACCACCAAUGACACAAAUGCACAGUUCUCGGAGUUCAACUGUGGUCAGCUUUACUUUCUGACUGUCCUAGUUGUGGGACAUGUAUGUAGGAGCCCCCCCAGCAACGCUUCAGUACUGCAGACAGAGCCCUGCACUCCCACAUCCCUCUUUGGCUUUAAUGACUGCAUCUCCAAUAUUGCUACAGUAUCUUGGGAUCCAGCUGAUGGUGCAGAAUACUACACCGCAACAGUGCAAGGCCCAGAUGGGCCUUUAGGAACAUGCAUGUCCUGGACGGCGAGCUGCGGCAUGCCCAAACUGUCUUGCGGCAAUACAUACAAUGUUAGCGUGAUUGCCUCCAGUCGCCAAUGUAACUCAACACCCAGUGCGCUGAGCACUAUUAACACAGUGCCCUGUGUUCCUACGGGAGUGUCUGUGGUGCUGGACUGUGCCACUGCUGAGGCACAUGUGUCCUGGAACGCAAGCAUGGGGGCGCUGUCCUACACUGCUUUUGCCUGGAACAGCCAAUUCAACUUCAUAUCUUGUAGUAGCACUGGACCUGUUACACAUUGCAGUCUUAGUGAUCUCAUCUGUGGAGAUGAUUACAGUAUUCAAGUGAUUGCUGUUGGAGAUGAAUGCACCAGUUUGCCCAGUCAGACAGAACACUUCUUCACAGUUCCUUGUGCCCCAGAAGUUACUUCUACACACCUGGACUGCUACACUGACACUGUCCUGCUGCAGUGGACUCCCACCAAUGGGUCUGUUUCCUACACCGCUGAUGCCAGGACUCCUGGGGGGCUGACCUCCACCUGCUCCAGCAACUCCACUAACUGUGAACUGAAGGGACUAGCUUGUGGACAAACAUACAAUCUUACCAUGGUAUCAUAUGAUGGACAUUGCCACAGCCAACCUGGCACAGCCCUGGCAGUUGCGUCGGUUCCCUGUCCACCUCAGAGAGUGGUGUCUAAUUUGCUCUGCUCGUCAAACUCUGCCCAUGUGGAGUGGAGUCCCGAUACGGGGGCAGAGUCGUAUGAGGUUCAAGCCAUCACCACGGGUGGCCAGAUGACAGGAUGCGACACCACAAAUACUUCCUGUGUUGUGCCUGACCUUGAAUGCGGUUCCAUUUACAACAUCAGCGUGCUUGCCAUUGGCCACAACUGUAAUGUGUCAAAGAGUGCGAUCACCACACUGCAUUCAGUGCCAUGUAUUCCCAACCAGAUUCAGGCAAACCUGAGCUGUGAAUCUGGUGUGGUUGAUGUGUCCUGGCAGCCUAGCCAAGGAGCUUUCUCUUACUCUGCUGUCGCUCAGGGCAGCGCGGGCUUUGCGUCAUCAUGCAACAGCACCAGCACCACAUGUGAGUUCACUAAUCUACUGUGUGGACUCACAUACAGCUUCAGCGUGACUGCCUCCGACCACUCGUGUACCAGCGCACAGAGUCAGAGCGUAGAGCUGGACACAGUUCCAUGCAAGCCAACGGGAAUCAUCACUGAAAUGGAGUGUGGCAGCCACACAGGUGUAGUGUCAUGGGAACAAGGGGAGCACGUUGCCUCCUACCUGGUCGUCGCAUCCAGUCCAGAUGGGCACCAAACACAUUGCAGCAGUCCCAACUCCAAGUGCACAUUAGACAGCCUACAUUGUGGCCAAGCCUACAACCUCACAAUCACUGCCCAGGACAGCCACUGUGACAGCAGAAAUGCCCUUUCAACAUUACAGUCAGUUCCAUGUUCACCUGUCAACGUGCAAGCAUCUCUCGUUUGCCUGUCUAACUCUGCGGCUGUUACGUGGCAAAGUACCAGCGGGGCGCUGACCUACCAGGCUGAGGGCAUCACUGUAGACGGCACCCACACGGCCAACUGCAGCAGCGGCGACGCAACUCACUGCAACCUGGAGCAUCUGCUCUGCGGACGCACAUAUAAUGUGUCUGUGCUGUCCAUGGACCAUGCAUGCAGCAGCGAAAGGAGUUUGUUCACACAAGUGCAUACUGCGCCCUGUCCACCUCAGGCCGUUGAUGUGCAGGUGAACUGUUCGGCUGGCUUCAUGACUGUCACAUGGGCAGCCAAUCCAGAUGCAGAAUCUUUCCAUGUGAGAGCAGCGAGCAGCGGAGGAGAUUUGCUGUCAUGUGAUUCCACUGGCACCAGCUGUUCAAUCCCUGGCUUGCCAUGCGGACAGUCAUAUUCUGUCACUGUGACAUCUGUCAGGGGAGGCUGUGCGAGCCAGCCCAGCACUGCCGUCAACGCUACCUCAGCUCCUUGUGUUCCGCAAGGGGAGGCCGGAAACCUGGACUGCGUUACGAACUCAGCCUGGGUGACGUGGUUACAAGCAAUGGGGGCGGAGUCUUACUCUGUCCUGGCAGAGGAAAGGGGCGGAGCUAACUCUAGCUGCUCAGCCUCAGGUCUGCACUGCAAUGUUCCCGACCUGAAGUGUGGAGCCACCUACACCUUCCACAUCACUGCCAUCAAUUCGUUCUGCCGAAGCGGACCCAGCAACACCUUCCAGAUUCAGACAGCUCCAUGUGCCCUCACCUCCAUCACGGCACAUUCGGACUGUUUCAGCGGCCGUAUAACCGUUGGCUGGCAGCUGAAUGAAGGAUCCUCCUUCUAUGUGGCCACAGCUGAAGGUCAUGACCAAAGCAUUCUGAUGUGCAACAGCACAAGCACGUCCUGUGACCUCACCGGAGCCAAGUGUGGAAUGCAGUACACCAUUAUAAUCUCGGCGUCCUCCGACAAAUGCAGCAGUUUGCGGAGCCCCCCUCUUAAGAUGAAAACGGCACCUUGUGUUCCUCAAAAUGUAACAAUGAAUCCGGUGUGUGACUCAAACGGCAUGGUGGCGUCAUGGUCCCCCUCUCUGGUGGCCGAGUCGUACUCGCUCACGGCCAGCGGUGGCGACGGAGAUGUGCGAAGCUGCAGAAGCACCGCCAACAACUGCACCCUGCUCCACUUGCACUGUGGACAGAUUUACAACGUUAGCAUAACCGCUUCGGCUGGAAACUGCACCAGCUUGGCCAGUCAGCAGGUCACCUUCCAUACUGUGCCCUGUAGGCCGCAGAACAUGAGCGUAGCCGUGCAGUGUGACACCAGGACUGCCGCACUCUCCUGGGUGGAGAGCCAAGGUUCGCUGAAGUACUUCACACUGGCCCAAACCACGGAUGGACACACACUUCACUGCGACACCACGGGCACGUCGUGCAGCCUCACAGGACUGACCUGUGGGACAUUGUACAACUUCACCGCACAGGCUUCAGACGGGACCUGCAACAGCUCCCUCACUGUGCCCAUCCAGAGCGGAGCAGUCCCCUGUCCUCCUGCCACCGUGAGCGUGAGAACCCAUCUGAUGGGCGAUGCCACCCUAAUCAGGGUCUCCUGGGGUUUUGUGGACUGUCCUAACGUCACGUACCUGGUGCAGGUGACCGGCCAAAUCCAAGACAACCAGCAGUCCAACAUGGACGUGUCGUCCUAUUGGACAAACCGCAACUACUUUGAGUUUCCUGUGCCCUGUAGCACCUCUUACAAUGUGACGGUGUUAGCACGAAACUCAGCGGGGAUCAGCAGACCAUCUCAGACUGUUACUGGUGUCACAGUGCCCUGUCCUCCGAUGAACGUCACCUUCACGGGUGAUAAUUCCUCCGCCACAGUGGCCUGGAGGUCAUCGGUUCUCACCACAGGAUUCAGGGUUUACCAGCUGCGUCCCGGCGUCCAGGUGCCCGUCUGUCUGACCUCAGACCUCAGCUGUCAGGUGUCGGGCCUGCUGGCCUCUGAUGUCGCGGUCACAGCCUGGAACAGUGCCGGAGAGAGUCCUUCCUCUAGAGUCGUUACUGGCCAAACCUUAAACCGUCGGAAGAGAAAUCUGAAGUAUGCGAGGAUGAAUGCAGCACUGUCUCCCGACCCCCUGUCCAUCCCUGAGGUGAAGGCUGCUCAUGUGACAGGACAGUCCCUGCAGGUCGAGUGGUCUCAUGUGACAGGGGCGGACUCCUACACCCUGAUCCUAACAGAGGACACCCCGUCUCUGCCUGCCGAGGAGGUCCUGUCGGUGUACAAGACCGAGAUCGCCACAGUUGCUGACCUAAAACCUGCAACACGUUACUGUGUCAUCGUGUCUGCCAAACACGGCAGCAUCCAGAGCGCCUAUUCCCGGCCUCUGUGUGUCACCACGGAGUAAACUGGCCUCCCGCCGGGUCGACUGUACAGGAGUGUAGAUACCAAAUCAACAGAAGCGGCAUUCAGUUCUCCUGAACUAGCGUCUUCUCUUUCUUAUGUUCCAUGAUCACUAUGAAAAAGAAAACAAAAUCAGCCUAUCAGAAAAUAUCAUUUAAAAUCAUAAUCCUUUCUAAUGAACAAAUGACUAAAUUUCUGUGAUGUUGAUUGAAAAGCAAAGGCAAGGUCACUUCAAAUUUAGAAUAGAUGUUAAGAAUCGCUACAUUGAUUGACCGUAGAAGAAACAUGUUGUAACUCCUAGUUUUUUAUUUAUCUUUAAAAGUACUUUUCUGUAACCAGAUCAUACAAUGAUUCAAUCUUUAUGUAGUUAGAUCAAAUAAAUGGUUAAUUUAUCAAGCAUUAUUUUUAAACUAUACAUUGUAUUUUCUAUCUGAUGUAUAGCUUUGUUAACAAUCUGCAGAAGUACUUUUAUACAAAAAGCCAUAUGAAAGAAUUAAAGUCUGUGAAUGAAAACGUCAAA